AAUGCCUGUUCUAUGAGGAGCCAGGAGCAAGUCAGCAUGGGCUCAUCAGCCAGCAUGCUGACAGCCCUCCUCUUUCUCCUGGAUGUUGGAGGAGCUCAAGUGUUGGCAACGGGCAAGUCAGCUGAGGCUGAAACUGGUAGAUAUCAAAUACGCCAUCAUCGGGGCAGCUCUGGGUGUUGCCAUAUUAGCUGGCUUCCUGGCCCUGAAGAUCUACAUGAUCAAAAAGCACUUGUUUGAUAUUGAUUCCUCAGACCUGAGAUUCAAUGAUACCAUUGCACUAAAGAAGACAGCCCCAAGAUGGUUCUCUUCCUUUCCAGAGAUGCACAAGUGAUUGAACUCUAAGUGAGCAGCCACUCAGGAGAGGUUUGCAGUCUAGACAACUACCCACUGCAGUUUUGGAGAUGUCUUGAAUUUGAAUGUCCAAAACUGGUGAUGGAUCUUCACAUGGCAUUCAAUAUCCAGGGCAAAUAUGUUAUUUGAACAGAAUCUAUGGUGCCUCUGUCCUGAAGGAAAAUAUCACUUGUCUCCUGCAAGAAGCUUGCUACAUAGAGGGAGGCAUGAGCACUUUAUCCAGUAGUUAGAAAGGAUGGAAGCCACUGAAUUCACACUGCCUAUCCUGGUCCCCAUGUCAGAGCUGUCAUGCUUCUGUGAUGGCAUUGCUUCCACCACAGCAAAGCUUGUGGAAUGAGAACCCAACUCAGGACACAGCCUCUUUAGCACCACCAUCUUACAACAGGUAAGUAGCAUUUUCCAGAACUCAUGGCUUUACCUUCUUAGCUGCCAGAAGAAUCCGCCCAUGAACAUUCAGGUGUCUUGAUACAUGAAGACCAUGGGGCAGUCUCUAUUCCUAUAUAUGAAACACUGAUCUUCCAUAGAAGAAAUGGCACGCUGGAUUAGAGUGAGAGAAGGAGGUGGCCAUGGACUGAGACUGGAGCUCCGCAGCUCCUAAAAUGAUGGGACCAACAAAAGACUAAAUGGGAAAGCAGAUGCUGUGCCUUGUAGAAAGCUAUACAAAUAUAAAUAGAUAUUGUUAUACUUAUAGAAUUAUUUUUUGGUUAUUAUUACAAUGUACCUACCUUGUCAUGGAGAGGCUUAAGAAAUCCACAUAUUUUUGUUAUUCUCAUAAACAUAAGACUCUGUGACACACCCCUGUUAACAUUUCUCUGCCCUGUAAUAUCAACCUUGUGUUUCUGGGGCUGCAUUUAGAGUACUGUUUGCCUCUCUAGUCAACAGAAAUCCAGGUGGUUAUAUGGAGUAGUUCUCCUUGGAUUUGAUUACUCUCCUCAUGUGUGAUCAAAGAUGAGCUAUAUUUCAAAAGAAAGUGCUGUGUUACAAUAAUUUGCCUGGAUUCCCAGGGCAUCUUUCAUCUGACUUGAUAACAAUGUAGUUCAUUAGCAGCCUUUGUUAACUGAUAACCUAAAGCAGUAAUGCAAUACUCAUAAGUAAUUUUCUGUGUGUAAGAUAAAAUAAACCAUCAUGUAAGCUAUCUGUUAAUUGAUUUGCUUCUGUUAGCAGCAUUUUAAUUAAGACAUCUGGUUUGUGAGUGGCAGAAACUCUUGUGAACUGAAGGUAAUGCUUCUGGAUUUUCAGUAAUCAUUUUAUUUUCUAUAGACACAACAGAACCAUAGGGUCCUCUCCCCCACACUACAUCAUGACAUAUUUUCCCAGCACCACUUCUGGGCUAUGCUUUUGUUUGAUCACCACACAAGUUCUCCUGUUCGAAGAACACAGAGAAUUACACUGAAGACAAGUGCUAUCUCCUCAAGUUAUAAAGGCUGAUAUGCCUAAGAGCCAAAAGGGGCUGGGGACCCUUUGCAAUAGGUCUCCUUGGCUUAUAUACAAAUUCAAGCUCAGUGGCUUUCUCUUGUGGUAGUCUUUCUGGGAGCUUUCUCAUGCCCCCUUUGACAGCCCUUCUCUAUGAGACCAGAUCCUGUGGAUGGAGGUUCUGGCGAGCAGAUCUCCUUGGACAUGUUUGGAAGCGGCCAUAAGAAAUUAUUGUGUCUGUGGGUGCAAUGUCUUCAGUGAAGGUCAUCUCAACUACUUCAAGCUGUGGUUUGGAAGCAUGGCAGAAGGCAGGGGCUGAAAUAACUGGGGGGGGGGGGUGCCUGGGAACUCUAGAACACAUGCAGGUCCUAGAGAAUCUAUCUUGGUGGGCAGGGCCCCUUGUCCAAAGCAAAGGAGCAGAUGACACUCAAACACCAGAGGAAGAACCAUCGCUACAUAGGUGAAGCAGGCCGCAGAUGGCAGUAGCCAGCCAGAAUCUGGAGCAGUGCUGCAGAUUUGUUGAUUCCAGGAUUUAGUACCUGAAGGAGAAGAAGGUGAGCUGGGAAAGGGUUAUCUGGCAAGAUCAACAAAUUAAGUAUAUAUUA